UGAUGGUGAAUCUAUAAACCAGAGCUAGGUAUACCAGGGCCUUUGAAGCCCGCUUGUUCUUCUUGAGACUUCAAUUUGAGUUCAGGCAUUUUUCAGGUCAGCGUGGGUGUUUGGUUUGUCCUCAUCUUAAUGUCGUUUGCUACAGUUCAUACGUGAGCGAAACAUCGUGUUUGUUCUCUAUUUUCGGGGCUUAUUUACCCUUUAUAUUCGCUUUCUAUUCUCUCUUCGUUACCCAUAACAUCUUCCAACCCAUCUGAGCCUUCUUUACCCAUUCCCUUUACCAUCCAGGGUUCACCCACCUAUACUACAAAAGUAGUCCUCUCACCUUGUUUACUCUUUGGCUACUCAAUUUUGAUCAAUAUUCCACACUGCUGGUACAUCUGCACCACUACAUGGCCAAAGGGGAGUCGAUGGUGCUCCAGGUGAGGGCAAUAUGGAUCUUGAUAUUGAAAUUUCUCAAGUGACAACACUCAAGUCACCUACAACACCAAAUCCACCUGCAACCCCAGCUCAACAGGUAGAUUCACCGUCUCCUGCAGUCUCUCUGGCUACCGCUUCCAACAUGCAAGUUCCUGAAGUCAUGGUGCCAGCGUUGGCGAACAGGUCGACAGACGCCGUGAUCGAGGAUCUUCGUCGUCGUGGACUUCACCCAGGCGCACCAACAGUUCACAAAGAGCGUCUUACAGAAUUUGUUGAGGAUGUCUCCAGAAUAGAAGAAGACAUACUUAUCGAAGACGAAGACGGAGAUGAUGAGACCGAGAGCGACGACGAAUCGCCAGCACCGAGCGAAAACCAAGAAUUGUCGUAUGAGAAGUCUGUUCGCGAGUCAUAUAUCCGGAGUCGGAUUUUUCAAGCCACCAAAGGCUCAACUGCACCAGAAACUAAAGGCGACGACAAGCAAUCCGUCAAGUGGUUAAUCAAGGACAGCGGUAGCCAAGAGAUUAUAUCCAGCCCGAGAGAAUACCAGAUCGAGCUUUUCGAGAAAGCAAAAACACAGAAUACCAUUGCAGUGCUAGACACGGGUUCUGGCAAGACUCUAAUCGCCGCCCUACUCUUACGCCAUGUCAUCGAUGAGGAACUGGAGCGUCGAGAAAAUGGAGGCGAUAAACGCAUUGCUUUCUUCCUGGUGGACUCAGUCGCGCUCGUGUUUCAACAAUACGCUGUUCUCAAGUGCAACCUGAACCACAAAAUGGAGCAAUUUUGCGGAGAUAUGGGUUGCGACCUCUGGAGCAAGGAGCUUUGGGAGAAACAUUUCAACGAGAACAUGGUCAUAGUGUGUACUGCCGAAGUCCUAUUUCAAUGCUUGCACCACUCCUUUAUCACGAUGAAGCAAAUCAACCUGCUCAUAUUCGAUGAAGCCCACCAUGCAAAACGAAAUCACGCCUAUGCCAGGAUCAUCAAAGACUUCUAUGCCUCCGAGCCUGAUCAGUCACUAGUUCCUAGAAUUUUUGGAAUGACGGCUUCCCCGGUUGAUGCGAGAACGAAUAUAAAAAGGGGGGCAGCAGAGCUCGAGGCACUAUUGCACAGCCAGAUAGCUACUGCGUCUGAUGCAAGCUUGUUACAGUAUACCAACAAGAAAACAAAGGAAGAGGUCGCGUAUUACAAUGCUCUCCCUCCCUCAACUGAGAGCCAAUUGUUCAAAAAGGUCAAUCAAUUGGUCGGUGGGAUUAAGGAGUGCUCGAAGCCAUUGGAAUACGCAGUAACGGCCAGUUCUGACCUGGGUAGCUGGAUCGCUGACCGAGUGUUGUUAAUUAGCUUCACUGGGGAAGAUGUUAAGAGGUUGGAGGCAAAGAUUGAAAGCAACUUUCACAAACAAGCCCAAAUCGACCCAAUACCUCUGAGCAAUCUCGAAAAUAGAAAAGAAAAGCUUCAGAGUGCACAACAGAUUAUUAUGGCGCAUGUUUUCGCAUCUCCACAGCUAUCCCGCAGCCAACUUUCGUCCAAAGUACUAGCGCUCGCCAGCAAACUUCGUGAACGAUUUGAACGAACUACAUUCGAUAAGUGUAUCGUUUUCGUCAAGCAGAGGUAUACGGCCAAACUGUUGGCAGAUUUGUUCGCAAGGCCCCAAAUAGGCACUCCACACCUCCGGGUUGGGUCAUUGACCGGUACUCGAAAUAGAAAUGGGGCAGACCUCGAAGCAUCCUUCCGAAACCAAGUAAUCACCUUAAGGAGGUUCAGGCAAGGCGAGAUAAAUUGCCUCUUUGCAACUUCUGUUGCAGAGGAAGGCCUGGAUAUUCCAGACUGCAAUCUCGUCAUUCGAUUCGAUCUUUACUCGACGGUCAUCCAGUAUAUACAGUCACGGGGUAGGGCGAGACAAGAUAACUCUGUCUAUUUUCAUUUCAUCGAGAGAGGUAGUAAGGUGGAGGAUGCUCUUGUUAGAGAGGUCCGCCGAAAUGAAAACAUUCUUAAGGAAUUUUGUCAGGCGUUACCUGAAGAUCGCUUGCUCUCUGGAAACAACUACAAUAUGGAUUACUUCCUCGCCAAGGAGAGAAACAUAAUGCGAACAUAUACAGAACCUUCGACGGGUGCAAAAUUGACAUAUAGGAUGAGCCUAAGUGUGCUGGCAAAUUUCGUGGCGUCUCUUCCACACAGCAGCGAAAGCACGCCACACCCCGAAUACAUGAUGACGGCUAUGGGCGUGAAAUAUGUUUGUGAAGUUAUACUUCCAGAGAACUCGCCGGUCCAUGGUGCGAUUGGGCGCCCUGCAAACACAAAGCAGGUUGCGAAAUGCUCUGCGGCAUUUGAGGCUUGCCUCAACCUCAGAAAAGGAAAGCACCUCGACGAAUAUCUGUUAUCGACUUUCAAAGAUCGAGGCCCAGCGAUGCGGAAUGCCCAGCUGGCAAUAACCUCCAAAGCCAAUACGGACUACGACAUGCGUACGAAGCCUUCUAUGUGGGCCACUGGUGAAACACCAUCGGAACUAUUCUUGACAAUUAUAUCUUUAAAAGACCCUGGCCAGCUUGAUCGUCCUUCACAGCCACUUGGAUUUCUCACUCGUGGGCCAUUGCCAUCAUUUCCACAGUUUCAGUUGUAUUUUGGUAGCGGAAAGCACACUGCAGCUGUGUCAACAGCUGUGGGCAGUCUGCCAGUCAGCUCUGAAACACUGGAAUUAAUUAAUACUUUCACCCUAAGGAUAUUCAAAGAUAUUUUUAGCAAGGAGUACGAAUCCGACUCUGCUAAAAUGCCCUAUUUUAUAGUCCCAAUCGCCGACACAGAUGCAGAAAGCCAAACGAGGUUACCGGCGGACUUGAUUUCGUGGGACAUUCUGAAAACAGUCAGUGAUAAUCAGUGGCUUACAUGGGACGAAUCAACGCCAGAGUCUUUUUUUGAGGACAAGUACAUUCUGGACCCUUUCGACGGGUCACGGAAAAUAUGGACGAGGAAAGUAACGCACGAGUAUAAGCCACUGGACCCCGUGCCGCCAAACACAGCUACUCGUUUGGCGAGAAAGAAUAACUCGAACAUCCUUGAGUAUUCCUGCAGCUUGUUUAAGGUGGCAAGAAGUAAGAGGACGUUCAGUGAAACCCAGCCAGUUAUUGAAGGCGACGUUAUUCCUUUUCGUCGAAAUUUCUUGGAUGAUCACGACGAUCCAGCUAAUUCAGGUCCUACGAAAUGCUAUGUGGUCCCAGAGCCUCUUACAAUAUCAGCACUCCCGACUAGAAUUGUCGCUAUGGCGUACACAUUUCCUGCUAUUAUUCACCGCAUUGAAUCCUAUCUCGUCGCUGUUGAGGCAUGCUCCAUGCUACAUCUCCCUAUUUCAGCGGAUUUGGCACUAGAAUGCAUGACGAAAGAUACUCGAAACACUGACGAGCACGGCGAAGAACAGGUCGAGUUUCAGAGAGGCAUGGGAAAUAAUUAUGAGCGGCUUGAGUUCCUUGGAGACUGCUUUUUGAAAAUGGCGACGUCAAUCUCACUCUACACACUCCACCCAGACAGCAAUGAGUUUGACUUCCAUGUCAAGCGUAUGUUAAUGAUCUGCAACAAGAACCUUAUGGACGUAGCCUUGCAGCUGAAAUUAUAUGAGUUCAUUCGUUCCCAGGCGUUUAAUCGACGGGCGUGGUAUCCAGAAGGCCUUGUUCUCAAGAAGGGCAAAGCUGCUCAAGCUCCCAAGAAGCACAAGUUGGGCGACAAAACAAUAGCUGAUGUGUCUGAAGCAUUAAUUGGUGCCGCACUACUCACACCAUCUAAUGGUCACGCAAUGGACCAUGCAGUGCGAGCUGUCACAGAACUUGUCUACAGCACUGAUCAUGCCAUUGAAAAAUGGGAGGAUUACUUCAAGGGUUACACGAAGCCAAAGUAUCAGAUUGCAGCUUCAACGGCGUCUCAGCGAAACGUUGCUGAGCAAAUCGAAAUUACUCACAAUUACCACUUUCACUAUCCUCGACUCCUCCGCUCGGCGUUUACCCACCCAUCAUAUCCAUUUGCAUACGAACGGGUUCCUAACUAUCAGAGACUUGAAUUUCUGGGAGAUUCAUUGCUUGAUAUGGCUUGUGUCAACUUCCUCUUUCAUCGAUUUCCGACCAAAGACCCACAAUGGUUGACAGAACACAAAAUGGCGAUGGUAUCUAAUCAGUUCCUUGGCGCUGUUUGCGUAGCACUUGGAUUCCAUACGCAGUUGCUGCAGUUCAACCCCAUUAUCCAAGGCAGUAUCACAGAGUACGUGUGUGAAAUAACUGAAGCCCGUGAGCAGGCGGAGCAAGACGCCAUCCGCCAUGGAAAGCUAGCUUCUGAGUGCGCCCGCGAUUAUUGGCUCCAUACCAAGCUCCCUCCAAAAUGCUUACCAGAUAUCAUUGAAGCAUAUAUUGGAGCAAUUUUCGUCGACUCGUCCUUCAACUACGGAGAGGUGGAGCGCUUCUUUGACCUUCAUAUGAAGUGGUACUUUGAGGAUAUUACUCUAUAUGACACGUUUGCCAACAAGCAUCCAGUAACCUUUCUUCACAAGUUCCUUCAACAGAACAUGGGAUGUGCGAAGAAUAUAAUUACCGCAUCAUCGAUGCCAGAUGAUGCCAGCGGGACCCCCCCCAAGAUCCUCGCCACUGUGAUGAUCCAUAGCCAGAUACUGGUUGGCGUGGAGAGGGACAGCGCCAGAUAUGCAAAGAUCGCCGUCGCCCAGCAAGCAUUGGAAAUUCUGAAAGGAGGAACCCUUACCCAGUUCAGACAAACGUACAGAUGCGAUUGUAAAGAGAAGGGGCUUGAUGUGGAGGAUUGCCACAUGGAGGACGCUGGACAGGAAUCACUGGAAAACCAUGUGGGGAUCCCAACGUUAGACAUGGAGUCGGCGAUGAGGGAGGAUAUUGGAAUGGAUAACAGCCGAAGCGGCUCGAUCAGUUCAGUUUAAUGAUGGGGUUCGUACAGACCAUACGGGAUGUCGAGACCUGAACAUAAUUUGCUGUGGCACAGAGGCCAUUUCUACGAAGCACCAUCGCUCUACUUGAAGUCAUUGAGAUUCCAGAUUCUUCCAUAGCUCAAUCUGAAUUCUAGAUAAUCUUAUAGCUUAGCCUAUACUCAUGAAAAUACCAG